AUGUCCUACAGUAUGAUUCCUCUUGAUGAGGAAAGUCAAUUACCGGAUACCAGUGAAGAACUCGCCAAAGAGCUUAUUGAAGAAAAUGAAAAGAAAUCAAAUGUAUAUAUGGCAUUUAUGAAUAUGGCUAAUAGUAUCCUGGGGGCUGGGAUUAUAACCCAACCUUUGGCGGUGAAAAACGCCGGUAUUCUUGGAUCCAUUAUAUGUUACAUAUUGUUAGGGUUUAUUGUUGAUUGGACUCUGAGGCUACUUGUCAUCAACAUUACUUUAUCUUCGAAGCAAACAUAUCAAGACACAGUGGAACAUGUCAUGGGUAAGAAGGGAAAAUUUCUUAUUUUGGGUUGUAAUGGAUUAUUUGCCUUGGGCGGUUGUAUUGGGUUUUCCAUUAUUAUAGGUGAUACAAUACCUCACGUUUUGAGAAUAUUUUUCAAUUCUGAAAAGAUAACAAGGAAUAUGGUUAUAUUUUUAACAACAUUGUUUAUAUCCUACCCUCUCUCUCUUCUAAGAAACAUUGCCGCUUUAUCGAAGGCAUCAUUUUUGGCCCUGGUUAGCAUGGUCGUUAUUGUAUUUACUGUCGUGAUCCGAGGACCUGCCUUACCGUCAGAAUUAAAAGGGGAACCACUAUCACAUUCUUCCCUAUUCUUUUCGCCUUCACUCUUCAAAAGUCUCUCUAUUAUUUCGUUUGCUCUGGUUUGCCAUCAUAAUACUUCGUUCAUCUUCCAUUCGAUAAGAAACAAAAGUCUUACCAAAUUUACCAAAUUGACUCAUAUCAGUGUCUUUAUUAGUGUUGCUUUUUGUAUGUUAAUGGGGUAUUCCGGCUUCUUUAUAUUUACUGAUAAGACAAAGGGCAAUAUAUUAAAUAAUUUCCCAGCGAAGGAUAAUAUAAUAAACAUUGCUAGAAUAUGUUUCGGGUUCAACAUGUUAACAACCUUCCCAUUAGAAAUUUUUGUUCUAAGAGAUGUUGUUGCGGUAAUCCUAUUAGAAUGUCAUCUAGUCCCCUCCGAGGAAAAUAAUCCAUUAUUACCUUACCUUUCAAGAAAAUGGCAUUUUUGCAUAACUACAGGUUUAGUUUUCCUUAGUAUGGGUAUAUCAUUAAUGACCUGUAAUUUAGGUGCACUAUUUGAAUUGAUUGGUUCUACAACGGCGUCAGUAAUGGCCUACAUCUUACCGCCAUAUGUUAACCUACUAUUACGCCAACAAAGAAAUGAAUUGUCAUUCACUACUAAGCUUCCCCAUUAUUUCUGCAUAUUUUUUGGGUUUACAGUCAUGAUAAUUAGUAGCACUGAGACUAUUUUGGAUGCAGUAUUUGGCACAGAGCAGAAACAUUGCGAGAUUUAA